AUGAGUUAUAAUCUAUCCAAGUAUCCUGACGAUGUGUCAAGACUUUUUAGACCAAGGCCGCCUUUGUCUUACAAAAGACCAACGGAUUACCCAUAUGCGAAGAGACAAACAAACCCAAGUAUCACUGGCGUCGCAAACUUACUAUCAACCUCUUUGAAGCACUAUAUGGAGGAGUAUCAGGAAGGAUCUCCAAACGACCAUCUCCAAAGAUACGAAGACAUCAAACUUUCCAAGAUCAAAAAUGCCCAGUUGUUAGAUCGGAGAUUACAAAAUUGGAAACCGAACGCCGACCCCCAUAUCAAGGACACAGAUCCCUAUAGAACGAUAUUUAUUGGGAGAUUACCAUACGACCUUGACGAAGUUGAACUGCAAAAACAUUUUGUUAAGUUUGGCGAGAUUGAAAAAAUUAGAAUAGUCAAGGACAAGAUCACCCAGAAGAGCAGAGGUUAUGCCUUCAUAGUGUUCAAAGACCCAAUGAGUAGUAAGAUGGCAUUUAAGGAAAUCGGAGUACACAGGGGUAUCCAAAUCAAAGACAGGGUCUGUAUAGUCGAUAUAGAAAGAGGCAGAACUGUUAAAUAUUUCAAGCCAAGAAGAUUGGGCGGUGGCCUAGGUGGCAGAGGCUACUCCAACAGAGAUAGCAGGCUUCCAGGAAGAUUUGCAAGUUCAAGCAUAGCCAAUCCCACAGAAAGAAAUUACGCUCCCAGGCCGCCACGCAGAGAAGUUUCUUCCUCCGCAUAUAACCCUGAUAGAUACGGCAGUUCCACAUCGGACACGAGAUACCACGGCAACAGGCCCUUGCUUCCCCCCUCCGCUCCCACUGCUGCUGUUACUUCUGUAUAUAAAUCAAGAAACUCGCGGACCAGGGAAUCUCAACCAGCUGCCAAAGAAGUGCCUGACUAUUGA